GUGAUAAAUACAAAUAAAGAUUGGCCACAAAUGGGCUUUAAGUUUAAGCCUUACCCAACUAACAAUAGAGAAACUCACUUCACUCGCCACCGAUGCGCGUGAACUUGAGAGUCUGAGAAACACUUGAGCUACAACAUUUUUAAGAGUAUUCGGAUUCUCUCUCUCAUCUGCGACGUAUAAUUUCCCCAAUUUCUCAGAGAGACUCAAAAUCACCACCACCACCAAAUCGCCGCCAUGUUUAAACAAGCUUCUCGUCUCCUCUCCCGAUCUGUCGCCGCCGCAUCUUCCAAAUCGGUGACGACUCGUGCCUUUUCAACGGAACUUCCAUCGACGCUCGAUUCCACUUUCGUCGAGGCAUGGAAGAAAGUCGCACCGAAUAUGGACCCACCGCAGACUCCUUCUGCUUUCAUGAAACCUCGUCCUUCCACUCCUUCUUCUAUCCCGACGAAGCUCACCGUCAAUUUUGUCCUCCCUUACACAUCUGAGCUUACCGGGAAAGAGGUCGACAUGGUCAUCAUUCCCGCAUCAACAGGACAAAUGGGUGUCUUGCCCGGACACGUUCCAACAAUUGCUGAGCUAAAACCUGGCAUCAUGUCCGUCCAUGAAGGCACUGACGUGAAGAAAUACUUCUUGAGCAGUGGUUUUGCAUUCCUCCACGCAAAUUCCGUCGCUGACAUAAUCGCGGUGGAAGCUGUGCCGCUUGACCACAUUGACCCUAGCCAAGUCCAAAAGGGUUUAGCUGAGUUCCAACAGAAACUUGCUUCUGCCACAACAGAUCUUGAGAAAGCAGAGGCACAGAUUGGUGUUGAAGUUCACAGUGCCAUCAACGCAGCUCUCUCGGGCUAAAAGAAGGUUUCUUUCUUUAUUUCUUCGAAGAAACAAAAAAAAAACUAAAUCAUUUGGCUUUUCAAGUGAUUAGUGAAGUCCCUUUUUACUACUGCAAAGGAUGGAAUAUUGAUUCUUCUUGUUUAAUCGUGUUGGACUUUUGUUUGAAUAAAUGAUUUUGUUUAACGGGCACAAAAACCCACAAAAGUUUCUUGUGUUCAUAUCUCUGCACCUUUGUUUUUGUGUAUGACUUUGUUGUGUUGAGAAACUAAGUUGGAAUUUCUUUAAGGUUUCGUUUACUAAUAUUUCUUGUAACACCUGUUUUAACUUGUCUUUAAUCGCUUACUGUGUUUUCUUCUUCUACAGAGCCAAAAAUAAUAAAGAUUGUCGGGUUUUAUGUGCG